AUGGCGCCCUUGUCGGCACCCCUGUCGGGUCUCCUGACACAAGGGAAGGCCAGUCUUCUCUGUCGGCACGUCUUGAAGGCUUCGCAUUAUUUCGGCGGAGUGUCUCGUGGACGGAGUGAACUGCUUUCUCGACUGUCUAUCUCGGCUCAGACCGACUGCCCAUCCUCUCUGUGCAGUAGCUCCGCAGAGAACCUGCGGUCUGUGUACAACCAUACAAAAAGACACACACAAGAUGUCAUGCCAUCCAUCUCCAGUGCCUCCGUUGAUCCUGACACCAUCUUCGCUAACAACGAGAUGAGUCUGCGGGACAUCGAAGUCUACGGCUUCGACUAUGACUAUACACUGGCCUUUUACUCCAGUCACCUCCACACACUUAUUUUCACCAUAGCACGAGACAUCCUCAUCAGCAAGCACAGGUAUCCCGAGGGUCUAAGGGAUUAUGAGUACAUUCCUAAUUUCGCUGUGAGAGGCCUUCACUAUGAUGUUCAGAAGGCGCUGCUAAUGAAGAUCGAUGCGUUCCACUACAUCCAACUAGGCACAGUGUACAGGGGUCUUAAUCCAGUCCCUGACGAAGAAGUCAUUGCCAUGUACGACGGCUGCCACAUCCCACUUGAGAUUAUGAGCGAUUUCUACGGCAAGAGUUCUCAUGGUCACUCCAUGAAACAGUUCAUGGACAUCUUCUCGCUGCCAGAGAUGACUCUCUUAUCAUGUGUCAACGACUUCUUCCUGAAGCAUAACAUCGAUUAUGAACCUGUGCACCUGUAUAAAGACGUAAAGGAAGCUAUCAGAGAUGUUCAUGUUAAGGGCAUUAUGUACCGAGCUGUUGAGGCAGAUAUUGGUAAAUACAUUUGCUAUGGCGAGCAAAGCCACGCUGUGCUGAAAAAGUUGUCGGAACACGGGAAGAAGAUGUUCCUCAUUACAAACAGCCCAUACGACUUUGUGGAUCGAGGCAUGAACUACAUUGUCGGGAGUGACUGGAGGGACCUUUUUGAUGUAGUUAUAGUUCAGGCUGACAAACCUAGUUUCUUCAAUGACAGAAGAAAGCCUUUCAGGCGCGUCACUGACAAAGGUGCUCUACUCUGGGAUAGAAUUCACAAGUUGGAAAAAGGGCAGAUCUACAAACAGGGAAACCUCUAUGAGUUCCUGAGACUGACUGGCUGGAGAGGAUCUAAAGUGCUCUACUUUGGUGAUCACAUCUACAGCGACUUGGCAGAUUUAACCCUGAAGCACGGCUGGAGGACAGGAGCCAUUAUCCCUGAGCUGAGGAAGGAAAUCAAGAUCAUGAACACAGAGGCGUAUGUGCACACAAUCAGCUGGAUACAGGCACUGACAGGCCUCAUUGAGCAGAUGCAGGUCCACAGAGAUCCCACCUCUCAGGCUGUGGUGGACGAGUGGAUACAAGAGCGAGAAGCUAUGAGGUAA